CAAAUAAAAGCAGCUUAGAAUCACGUGACGUGACGUGUAAACAACAUGGCGACUCAGUGCUGAGGUAGCAGUCCCAACAAACUCGGUGGAUAGACACACACCGAUAGCCCGGGUUCGUUAGCAUUUCUCUCGCCUGCAUCUACGCAGGGUCAGAGAUGCCGGCCUGAGAGAGCAGCAGUUAUAUCAAGAGAUGCAACAGCAACAACGUCUUGCUCAACAACAACACCAGAAGCAGACGGAAAGCACAAAAACCAAGAGCAUGUUUCUGUCUAGAGCGCUUGAAAAGAUCCUCUCGGAUAAGGAGGUGAAGCGGAGCCAGCACAGCCAGCUGCGUAAAGCAUGUCAAGUGGCUCUUGGUGCGUGAGUUGAAUUUUUUUUAUUGGUUAACGUUGCAUCCAUAGGGUUGUUAUUUAUUCAAUGUAAUGUUUUAGCUAGUUAACCCUUCCGUGAUAACUAGUUAAUGUUGUUUGUUAGCGAGCUAGCUAUGGCGUUCAAUGGCCUCCUGUCAAGGUAGCUAGCUUGGUAGCCAACUAGAUUAGCUAGUUUGGUGGCUAGCUAGCUACCAACACAACGCAGCAUAAUGUUCAACGCUUCCCCUCUUUGAAAACUGGUUUAUGAUCGUGGAGCCUUGUCAUAUAUCUGGCUGCAUGUGAACACUUGGAUCUUAUAGUCAGUCAUAUGCUAUGUCUUCAGAUUGCAUUAUCAUCCCUGUCAACUUUGACAGCUAGCUACCUAGCUAGUUGGCUAACUAGUUAGCUUGCUACCUAGCCAUUGGACCAAUCAUUGUACAGUACGUAGCACUGUCAGCUUUAGGCAGCUGGCAAUUUACUUCAGUAAGGAUACUUUGACGUCCAUUCUUUUCCACUGAGCAGUGGGGGGAUAGUUUUACACACCCACACAUUCUUGCUUUUGUGAUGUUUUUUGAGAGAUCAAUCCUGCUCAAUUGUAACCAUGUCUUUGAUUAUCUGAUUGGGAGACAUGGCAGCUGUAUACAUUUUACUGUAAAUGAAUGAUCGUGUUUAUUUUACUGUAGUUGAAUGGUCAUUAUUACUGCUAGUUCAGAACGGCAUAGUUGCUGUUGUCCAAUAAACACGAGGUUCUUGGGCAGGGUCUAACCGAAUGAUGUGUGUAAACCCAUCAUUGGUCUAACCUAGAAUAACUUCUAGCUAGAUGUUUUAAGCUACCAGAAAUUCCAGUUCAGUGAUGGCAUACUUCCGGGAACUUUUAAGCCUAUUUUCCAGUCUCUCCCUCACUCAUUUUGAGAUGGGGGGGAAAAAAAGAGGCAAACAUGUUUGCGCUUUGACCCGAUCCUGCACUGUACAUUAUUUAUGAUUCAGGGCAGGUAGACAAGCAAUGGUUUCCUAUUCACCACUUAGAUUCCAGUCGACACAUUGUCACAGACAGGUAACCCCAUACUGAAGUAGCUCCAGAUUAAUUAGGUGGGUAAAUGUUGACUUUGCUCCGUUUUAAAUUAAUCUCUCCAUAUUUACAUUACCCAGCCCACUAAUAGACUAUCAUAUUCGGCACACUGUACACUAAACAGUUUACUUAGGCUUUAGUCUAUUCAUUGCAUACUUCUCGUUGGAACAGAUGUUGCGUUCAUCCUGGUUUUGGGUAGUGGUGGGAGAACCUGCCUGCCUGGCGGAGACCGCUACACUUCAUUGCCCAAAUUAUUUAUGUUAUAAUGAGCAUUGUUAAUCUGAUAACAUGUUAUAAUGAGAAUGCCACAAUGAAUCCUUAUCCUCUGACAAAUAUUAGCCACUCUUUUUUUCACAAACUGAGUGGCCAAUGGACUGUGGUUCCCCCUAGUUUGAGUGUACGCACACACAUGCCAUCGAGCAAUUAGGGGGGGUGGUUUCCACUUCCAACAGACACUGUCUGGCACCAUAGUGCAAGUAAACUGCAAAUGAACAAACUGUAAUGUAUCCUAGAUUGUGACAUUUAGACUAUUGCACAAGUUGUAUUUCCUGAUACACUACCAGUCAAAAGUUUGGACACACCUACUCAUUCAACAUUUUUUACAUUGUAGAAUAAUAGUGAAGAAAUCAAACUAUGAAAUAACACACAUGUAAUCAUGUAGUAACCAAAAGUUUUAAGCAAAUCAAAAUAUAUUUUAUAUUUGAGAUUCUUCAAAUAGCCACCCUUUGCCUUGAUGACAGCUUUGCACACUCUUGGCAUUCUCUCAACCAGCUUCACCUGGAAUGCUUUUCCAACAGUCUUGAAGGAGUUCCCACAUAUGCUGAGCACUUGUUGGCUGCUUUUCCUUCACUCUGCCACCCGACUCAUCCCAAACCAUCUCAAUUGGGUUGAGGUUGGGGGAUUGUGGAGGCCAGGUCAUCUGAUGCAGCACCCCAUCACUCUCCUUCUUGGUCAAAUAGCCUCAAAUAGCCCUUACAUAGCCUGGAGGUGUGUUGGGUCAUUGUCCUGUUGAAAAACAAAAGAUAGUCCCACUAAGCCCAAACCAGAUGGGAUGGCGUUUUGCUGCAGAAUGCUGUGGUAGCCAUGCUGGUUUGAAUUCCUUGAAUUCUAAAUAAAUCACAGACAGUGUCACCAGCAAAGCACCCCCACACCAUAACACCAACUCCUCCAUGCUUUAUGGUCGGAACUGCACAUGCAGAGAUCAUCCAUUCACCCACACCGCGUCUCACAAAGACACGACGGUUUGAACCAAAAAACUUCAGGAUAGUCCUCGUUGAGGAAGAUAUACGUUCCUCUCAAGUUCUUGGCUCUUUCCAUAACAGCUACCUCAAACUUGACCACUAUUGGCCUGUGCGUGUCACCUGGGCCGGUGGUGGGUUUUCCAGUCCUGUGGGCGCACUCCACCUCAAUCUUCCUGUGGUCCAUUUUCAGUUUCUCAGAGAUAAUUUACCUCACUUUGUCCUCACUUUGACUCCAUCCAGGUCUCGUGGAGAUUCUGCAAUUCCAUCCACAACCAUGUUCCGCCUUUAUUGUCCCUCAAGAUAAUCUGAUUUCUCCGUCAUUGUUAUCAUGGAUUCACAUACAGAACUGAUGUGCUCUCUCAAUGACUGCUGUCAUCUUGCCAUUCUCCUGUUUAAACUCAUCGAGCAGACCCCCGGAGAACUAUUUCCUGUUCUUCAGAUCCUGGACCUCUCUGGUCAGGUCGUCCAUUCCUUUAUUAGUUGAACACUUGAAGCUAUUUUCUUGUUGUUGUAACAACUAUUUUUGUUCAUUUAAAAUAUCCUUCACCUGUGAUAGAGAAACACCACUGUCCUCAACGGUACCCCCACCGGCUUUGGUCUUUGUCAUGGUAACAAUGUAGGUUAUGCUGUUACUCAUUGCAGUUCCAGACAGGGCAUGGUCGCAUGGAAGAUUGAAAACAACAACAACAACACAAGCCCGGUCCCAGCCACAAUGGCUAACCGCGUCGCGGGCUGCAUACAAGCCCUCAACCCCACUAGCUUGAUAGGCAGCUAGCUAGCAUCUAGGCUAGCUGCUACGCCAAGCAGCUCCUCAGACCCGGCCUUGGUCGGCAGGAUCACUGGACAGAUUGUAGCGGUCCCAGCAACUGAUGCCAACCACGUUGCGGGAUCCAAACUCAAAAGGUAGCUAGCUAGUAACGAAACUUUUUCAAUAGACUUUCAAAACUUUCCAAAACAACAAACCGAGCUCUCCCUCGUUCCGCAUUCAACAGGAAGUGAUGACAGGAGGUUAGACAUGGAAAAAUGUAUAGAAUAGCAAGAAUAUUAGCUUUAAAACUGCAAGAUGUUCUUUGCACCCCAUGACAAAAUGUGUAGAAUUGCAGGAAAUAAGCUUUAAACCUGCAAAAUUCUCUCCACCAACAAGAGGGAUGUGAACCGUUUGUGUCAUGAACAGUGCUUUUGCCCAUAGAAUUAGACGGGGAGGGGCGCACGGGAUACUCCCCAAUGCUGGAAGGGGGUCCCGGGUGGAAAAAGUUUUGGGACCCCAGCUCUACCAUACUGAGCACUACUGCAACUGUGGUUUGUGACUACUAUAAUUUCCUUUUGUGGCCAAUUCAAUUUCUGUCAUUCUGUUACAGAUUUCUAGGUCACUCUGUUAACAAUUUAGACACAGUUGUUAUCACUAAAAACACUAACUAAUUAGUAGGUCUACCUUGUUACUUCUGUGAACUUCCAUAAUCCUCCCUCUUCAUAAGGGAGAUACAUUUUAAAAUAACUUAAAGAUGUGUGUUUUUGGUAACGGAAUAACAAGGCACUAGGCAAUAUUUCUAAACUUAUAGAAGGCACAUUUCAGCAAAACUACACUGAACAAAAAUAUAAAUGCAACAAUUUCAAAGAUUUGAGUGAGUUACAGUUCAUAAAAGGAAAUCAGUCAAUUGAAAUCAAUUCAUUAGGCCCUAAUCUAUGGAUUUCACAUGACUGGGAAUACAGAUAUGCAUCUGUUGGUAACAGAUACCUUUAAAAAAAAAAGGUAGGGGCUUGGAUCAGAAAACCAGUCAGUAUCUUGGUGUGACCACCAUUUGCCUCAUGCAGCGCGACACAUCUCAUUCACAUAGAGUUGAUCAGGCUGUUGAUUGUGACGUGUGAAAUGUUGUCCCACUCCUCUUCAAUGGCUGUCAAAGUUGCUGGAUAUUGGCGGGAACUGGAACAUGCUGUCGUACACGUUGAUCCAGAGCAUCCCAAACAUGCUCAAUGGGUGACAUGUCUGCUAUGUAUGCAGGCCAUGGAAUUGUGUUCGUUGUCCGUAGCUUAUGCCUGCCCAUACCAUGGCCAUCGAAGGUGAGCAUUUUCCUAAUGAAAUCGGUUACAACGCCAAACUGCAGUCAGGUCAAGACCCUGGUGAGGACGGCGAGCACGCAGAUGAGAUUCUCUGACAAGGUUUCUGACAGUUUGUGCAGAAAUUCUUUGGUUGUGCAAACCCACAGUUUCAUCAGCUGUCCGGGUGGCUGGUCUCAGAUGUCCUGGGCUGGCGUGGUUACACAUGGUCUGCGGUUGUGAGGCCGGUUGGAUGUACUGCCAAAUUCUCUAAAACAACGUUGGAUGCAGCUUAUGGUAGAGGAAUGAACAUUACAUUCUCUGGCAACGGCUCUGGUGGACAUUUCUGCAGUGAGCAUGCCAAUUGCAAGCUCCCUCAACUUGAGACAUGUGGCAUUGUGUUGUGUGACAACUGCACAUUGUAGAGUGGCCUUUUAUUAUCCCCAGCACAAGGUGCACUUGUGUAAUGAUCAUGCUGUUUAAUCACCUUCUUGAUAUGCAACACCUGUUAGGUGGAUGGAUUGUCUUGGCAAAGGAGAAAUGCUCACUAACAGGGAUGUAAACAAAUUUGAGCACAACAUUUGAGAGAAAUAAGCUUUUUGUGCAAAUUGAACAUUUCUGUGAUCUUUUAUUUCAGCUCAUGAAACAUAGGACCAACACUUUACAUGUUGCGUUUUAUAUUUUUUUCAGUGUAAAUAUAAAUGUUGAUAUUAGUUGGCAGGGGCCUUCAACGUAAUUUUGUUUUGAUGCAUUUCUAAUACCUUUUUUUUAGGACUUUUUCUAGUAGAUGUUUUUAAAGACCCCUUUUCCAUCUUUUUUUUACCAGAAAUCAAAGCCUUUUCUUAUUCCAAAUUUUUAGGAUGGAAAAUGGUUAAAUUUAUCUAUGCCUUAAUUUCCCCAAAAUAUUGCUUCUUAGCUUUCAUUUGACACAAUUUUAUAUGCUCCUAUAAACUUCACAUGUUGGUGCUCAUGGGUCCUUUUACAUGAAAAUGCCCCUGGCUAACUCAUUGAUCCUGCUUUGUAGUAUACCCCUCUGGUCUAAAGAGGCAAUCUGCAAUUUCUGCAUCCAUUUUUUGACUCCUAAAUUAAUGCUAUAUAUACACAUUGAUUCUUGAAGAAUAUUAAUUAUGAAUGCCUCAUGAGCUUAGAUGAACUGUCGUACCCCACCAGAACCCAAAAUAUAAGCCUGGUUUACUCCAGUGUUUGUAAAUAUUGUACAUGUAAACAACCAAAACCUCAAAACAUGCCUUAAACUAUACUUUUGGUAUCUUGGAUGGUCAGUCCUUGCACCCAUAGCUCUGUCUAUGAAUUUGAGCGGUUACUUUUCUCCAGGGCCAUCCCUCAGCAUUUUACUAAAACUGAAGCGGGGUGUCCCCUUUUAUUUUUUAACAGCGGAUUGCCCCUUUUAAGGUAGAUGUUCAGACAUCACUGAUCUUGUUCCUUUUGUCUUCACAGAUGAAAUUAAAAUCGAGCUUGAGAAGCAAAAGUAAGUUCCUUUCCCUCUUUGUAUUUGGAUCACAUGGGCAGGUGAUUGGUUUGAUGCACCUAUUAAGCAGUCACCACUGUUAUUAGUGGUUAUUAAGCUUGUAAUGUCCUGAGGCCUGUAUUACAUUAACAGUUUAGUCAUUUAGCAGACACUCUUAAUCAGAGCAACUUACAGUGCAUUCAUCUUAAGGUUGUAGUUCCUGUUGUCAUUUACCUUUUCCUUUGGCCUACAGAGAUGGCACAGUGGUUCCGCCCCGAGCAAACUACAUUGAGGCUGACAAAUAUGUGCUACCUUUUGAGCUUGCCUGUCAAUCUAAGUCCCCACGCAUUGUCAGCACCUCAUUGGACUGCCUACAGGUAUGUAGUGAUGGGGGAAAAAAUGGAUAACGCUACAUCAGGGUAUUAUUUUGGGAUGAUACAGUGCCUUCGUAAAGUAUUCAGGUCCCUUGACUUUUUCCACAUUUUGUUAGGUUACAGCCUUAUUCUAAAAUUGAUUAAAUUGUUUUUCCCCUCAUUGUGGUCAAAAGUUUUGAGAAUGACACAAAUAUUAAUUUUCACAAAGUCUGCUGCCUCAGUUUUUAUGAUGGCAAUUUGCAUAUACUCCAGAAUGUUAUGAAGGGUGAUCAGAUGAAUUGCAAUUAAUUGCAAAGUCCCUCUUUGCCAUGAAAAUGAACUUAAUCCCCCAAAAACAGUUCUACUGCAUUUCAGCCCUGCCACAAAAGGACCACCUGACAUCAUGUCAGUGAUUCUCUCGUUAACACAGGUGAGAGUGUUGACAAGGACAAGGCUGGAGAUCACUCUGUCAUGCUGAUUGAGUUAAAAUAAGACUGGAAGCUUUUAAAAGGAGGGUGGUGCUUGAAAUCAUUGUUCUUCCUCUGUUAACCAUGGUUACCUGCAAGGAAACACGUGCCGUCAUCAUUGCUUUGCACAAAAAGGGCUUCACAGGCAAGGAUAUUGCUGCUAGUAAGAUUGCACCUAAAUCAACCAUUUAUCGGAUCAUCAAGAACUUCAAGGAGAGAGGUUCAAAUGUUGUGAAGAAGGCUACAGGGCGCCCAAGAAAGUCCAGCAAGCGCCAGGACCGUCUCCUAAAGUUGAUUCAGCUGCGGGAUCGGGGCACCACCAGUGCAGAGCUUGCUCAGGAAUGGCAGCAGGCAGGUGUGAGUGCAUCUGCACGCACAGUGAGGCAAAGACCUUUGGAGGAUGGCCUGGUGUCAAGAAGGGCAGCGAGGAAGCCACUUCUCUCCAGGAAAAACAUCAGGGACAGACUGAUAUUCUGUAAAAGGUACAGGGAUUGGACUGCUGAGGACUGGGGUAAAGUCAUUUUCUCUGAUGAAUCCCCUUUCCAAUUGUUUGGGGCAUCCGGAAAAAAGCUUGUCCGGAGAAGACAAGGUGAGCGCUACCAUCAGUCCUGUGUCAUGCCAACAGUAAAGCAUCCUGAGACCAUUCAUGUGUGGGGUUGCUUCUCAGCCAAGGGAGUGGGCUCACUCACAAUUUUGCCUAAGAACACAGCCAUGAAUAAAGAAUGGUACCAACACAUCCUCCGAGAGCAACUUCUCCCAACCAUCCAAGAACAGUUUGGUGUCGAACAAUGCCUUUUCCAGCAUGAUGGAGCACCUUGCCAUAAGGCAAAAGUGAUAACUAAGUGGCUCGGGGAACAAAAAAUUGAAAUUUUGGGUCCAUGGCCAGGAAACUCCCCAGACCUUAAUCCCAUUGAGAACUUGUGGUCAAUCCUCAAGAGGCGGGUGGACAAACAAAACCCCACAAAUUCUGACAAACUCCAAGCAUUGAUUAUGCAAGAAUGGGCUGCCAUCAGUAAAGAUGUGGCCCAGAAGUUAAUUGACAGUAUGCCAGGGCGGAUUGCAGAGGUCUUGAAAAAGAAGGGUCAACACUGCAAAUAUUGACUCUUUGCAUAAACUUAAUGUAAUUGUCAAUAAAAGCCUUUGACACUUAUGGAAUGCUUGUAAUUAUACUUCAGUAUACCAUAGUAACAUCUGACAAAAAUAUCUAAAAACACUGCAGCAGCAAACUUUGAAGACCAAUACUUGUGUCAUUCUCAAAACUUUUGACCAUGACUGUACACACAAUACCCCAUAAUGACAAAGCAAAAACUGGUUUUCAGAAAUGUUUGGUUAGGUACUCAGUACUUUGUUGAAGCACCUUUUGCAUUGAUUACAGCCUCAAGUCUUCUUUGGUAUGACGCUACAAGCUUGGCACACCUGUAUUUGGGGAGUUUCUCCCAUUCUUCUCUGCAGAUCCUCUCAAGCUCUCAGGUUGGAUGGGGAGCGUCGCUUCACAUCUAUUUUCAGGGCUCUCCAGAGAUGUUAGAUCGGGUUCAAGUCCGGGCUCUGGCUGGGCCUCUCAAGGACAUUCAGACACUCCUGCAUUGUCUUGGCUGUGUGAUUAGGGUCGUUGUCCUGUUGGAAGGUGAACUGUCGCCCCAGUCUGAGGUCCUGAGCGCUCUGGAGCAGGUUUUCAUCAAGGAUCUCUCUGUACUUUUCUCCCAGUCCCUGCUGCUGAAAAACAUCCCCACAGCAUGAUGCUGCCACCACCAUGCUUCACCGUAGGGAUGGUGCCAGGUUUCCUCCAGAUGUGACGCUUGGCAUUCAGGCCAAAGAGUUCAAUCUUGGUUUCAUCAGACCAGAUAAUCUUGUUUCUCAUGGUCUGAGAGUCUUUAGGUGCCUUUUGGCGAACUCCAAGCGCGCUGUCAUGUGCCUUUUACUGAGGAGUGGCUUCCGUCUAGCCACUCUACCAUAAAGGCCUGAUUGGUGGAGUGCUGCAGAGAUGGUUGUCCUUCUGGAAGGUUCUCCCAUCUCCACAGAAGAACUCUGGAGCUCUGUCAGAGUGACCAUCGGGUUCUUGGUCACCUCCCUGACCAAGGCCCUUCUCCCCCGAUUGCUCAGUUUGGCCGGGCGGCCAGCUCUAGUAAGAGUCUUGGUGGUUCCAAACUUCUUCCAUUUAAGAAUGAUGGAGGCCACUGUAUUCUUGGAGACCUUCAAUGCUACAGAAAUGUUUUGGUACCCUUCCCCAGAUCUGUACCUCGACAUAAUCCUGUCUCUGAGCUCUACGGACAAUUCCUUUGACCUCAUGGCUUGGUUUUUGCUCUGACAUGCACUGUCAACUGUGGGACCUUGUAUAGACAGGUGUGUGCCUUUCCAAAUCAUGUCCAAUCAAUUUAAUUUACCACAGGUGGACUCCAAUCAAGUUGUAGAAAUAUCUCAGGGAUGAUCAAUUGAAGCAGCAUGCACCUGAGCACAAUUUCUAGUCUCAUAGUAAAGGGUCGGAAUACUUAUGUAAAUAUGGUAUAUUUGGUAUGUCAGUUUUUUUAUUUUUAAUGCAUUUGCAAACAUUUCUAAAAAACCUGUUUCUCGCUUUGUCAUUAUGAGGUAUUGUGUGAGAAUUGCUGAGGAAAAAAAAAAAAUCAAUUUUAGAGUAAGGCUGUAACGUAACAAAAUGUUAAAAUUCAAGGGGUCUGAAUACUUUCUGAAGGCAAUGUUAUUUUUGCGCUAGUUGGCUCUACCUGCACCAAAACUCCAGUAUUUUUCCUUCAUAGUUUGUUCUCCAUCUUUUUUAAAUCGGGAGCCAUUUUGUUUUCAGCACUUUUAUUUCAAUGACUGAUCAAAACUCGUUUUCUCAUGGCUCUCGCUUGUCCCUCUGCAGCAGACAUAUGGUGAGCAAUAUGUUUGUAACAUGGAAUCGCAAUAAAACUACAGUAUCGAAUCGCAAUACAUACAGUGGGGAGAACAAGUAUUUGAUACACUGCCGAUUUUGCAGGUUUUCCUACUUACAAAGCAUGUAGAGGUCUGUAAUUUUUAUCAUAGGUACACUUCAACUGUGAGAGACGGAAUCUAAAACAAAAAUCCAGAAAAUCACAUUGUAUGAUUUUUAAGUAAUUCAUUUGCAUUUUAUUGCAUGACACAAGUAUUUGAUACAUCAGAAAAGCAGAACUUAUUAUUUGGUACAGAAACCUUUGUUUGUACGUUUCCUGUAGGUCUUGACCAGGUUUGCACACACUGCAGCAGGGAUUUUGGCCCACUCCUCCAUACAGACCUUCUCCAGAUCUUUUAGGUUUCGGGGCUGUCGCUGGGCAAUACAGGACUUUCAGCUCCCUCCAAAGAUUUUCAAUUGGGUUCAGGUCUGGAGACUGGCUAGGCCACUCCAGGACCUUGAGAUGCUUCUUACGGAGCCACUCCUUAGUUACCCUGGCUGUGUGUUUCGGUUCGUUGUCAUGCUGGAAGACCCAGCCACGACCCAUCUUCAAUGUUCUUACUGAGGGAAGGAGGUUGUUGGCCAAGAUCUCGCGAUACAUGGCCCCAUCCAUCCUCCCCUCAAUACGGUGCAGUCGACCUGUCCCCUUUGCAGAAAAGCAUCCCCAAAGAAUGAUGUUUCCACCUCCAUGCUUCACGGUUGGGAUGGUGUUCUUGGGGUUGUACUCAUCCUUCUUCUUCCUCCAAACACGGCGAGUGGAGUUUAGACCAAAAAGCUCUAUUUUUGUCUCAUCAGACCACAUGACCUUCUCCCAUUCCUCCUCUGGAUCAUCCAGAUGGUCAUUGGCAAACUUCAGACGGGCCUGGACAUGCGCUGGCUUGAGCAGGGGGACCUUGCGUGCGCUGCAGGAUUUUUAUCCAUGACGGCGUAGUGUGUUACUAAUGGUUUUCUUUGAGACUGUGGUCCCAGCUCUCUUCAGGUCAUUGACCAGGUCCUGCCAUGUAGUUCUGGGCUGAUCCCUCACCUUCCUCAUGAUCAUUGAUGCCCCACGAGGUGUGAUCUUGCAUGGAGCCCCAGACCGAGAGUGAUUGACCGUCAUCUUGAACUUCUUCAAUUUUCUAAUAAUUGCGCCAACAGUAGUUGCCUUCUCACCAAGCUGCUUGCCUAUUGUCCUGUAGCCCAUCCCAGCCUUGUGCAGGUCUACAAUUUUAUCCCUGAUGUCCUUACACAGCUCUCUGGUCUUGGCCAUUGUGGAGAGGUUGGAGUCUGUUUGAUUGAGUGUGUGGACAGGUGUCUUUUAUACAGGUAACGAGUUCAAACAGGUGCAGUUAAUACAGGUAAUGAGUGGAGAACAGGAGGGCUUCUUAAAGAAAAACUAACAGGUCUGUGAGCUGGAAUUCUUACUGGUUGGUAGGUGAUCAAAUACUUAUGUCAUGCAAUAAAAUGCAAAUUAAUUACUUAAAAAUCAUACAAUGUGAUUUUCUGGAUUUUUGUUUUCGAUUCCGUCUCUCACAGUUGAAGUGUACCUAUGAUAAAAAUUACAGACCUCUACAUGCUUUGUAUCAAAUACUUGUUCUCCCCACUCUAUCGUAUCGGCGCCUAAGUAUCGUGAUAAUAUUGUAUCGUGAGGUCUUUGGCAAUUCCCAGCCCUACAGGUACGCAAUUGUACACAUUAAAUUACACCCACACACAUUUGUAAUUGUGGGAGGGAGCCGGGACUCAAUUGUGGGUGGAAGGUAAUUGUAAGUCCCUACUUGUAAAUGCCACUAGGUGGAGUUAAAAUGUUGUUACACCUGUUGUGCAACUCCUCAGAGUUGUGCUCCUAAAUGCCACAGAUGCAUACAUUCUCCGCAAUCUCUCGUCUCUCCUUUUCCCCUAUUGCAGAAGCUCAUUGCCUAUGGCCACAUCACAGGGAACGCCCCUGACAGUAGUGCUCCAGGGAAGAGGACUCAUCGACCGGCUGGUGGAGACCAUCUGUAACUGCUUCCAGGGCCCACAGACAGACGAGGGGGUGCAGCUGCAAAUCAUUAAGGUGAGUCUGUCAGGGACUCCAUUAAUCUUAAACCUCUCCUUUAUUUAUAGCUACAUAUUUAUACCGAUGUACUAUAUUUAGCCUAGUUGCCUCUCAGGACAAAUUGCUGCCCAUUAUUUCCCACCUCCCAUUCCCCACUGUGAUACUACAGGUAUAUCCGCUGGCAAAUCAGUCUUUUAUGGCUGUACAGCAGGUGUGAUGCAUAACCAGAGCUCAUUUAAGUUUCACAUAGUGCAACUCCAAAUUUGAGGGUCCAAAGUCUGUCUUGUUCAUACAAGCCACCAGUAUUAUCACUGUUGAUAAUAGGUUUUAUUGGACUGACCAGCCUUCCUACCGUAUUUGAACAUCUAUAAUUCACAAAGGUAGUGAAAGACAUGAUUUUCUUCUAUUUCCCCUGACUGUCCUGACUCUGUUCUCCAGGCUCUCCUGACUGCAGUGACCUCCCCUCACAUUGAGAUCCAUGAGGGGACUGUACUACUGACUGUGCGUACCUGUUACAACAUCUACCUGGCUAGCCGCAACCUCAUCAAUCAGACCACCGCCAAGGCCACGCUCACACAGAUGCUCAAUGUCAUCUUCACCCGCAUGGAGACACAGGCGGUCAGUAUACUGUCCAGACCAGCCCAGUUCAGUCUCAUAUUUACUUGGUCAUAUAUACAGUAAUCUACACAAAGCACUCGGCUCCGUCAUAGACCCUGGUCUGUAUCCUCUUAAAGCAAGCUGAUUGUGUAAUGGAGAUGGAAAAUAAUCUUGAUUGAAUCUAGACUGGAAAUGGAUAUCCUCUUUGUGUCUCAAUCAUUUCUCCAUAAGUGUAUUUGUCAGUGUGUAACUGUCUGUCUCCUAGUCUUAUGAGCCGACUGGUUGACUUGUUCAUUUGCUGUUAUUAACAUGCUGUUUGGUGGUCUGACAAGUUUUAUUGAUCAUGACCGGUCUGUCCAUCUCCCUGCAUCUAUACAGGCUCUGGUGUCUCACGAGCAGGAGAAGGAUAGACUGUGUUUGCCCCAUCAGAACCCUUCCACUUCCCCUGGGCGGAUGUCCGGUUCCCCCCGGUCAGACCACACCCUAGACUUCAGUGGGACCCCCUCUCCUGCGGCCAGCACCCCAGACCUCAAUACCACGCCCCUGGCCCCAGACACACCCUCCAUCAAUGGCCAACCAGAGGAGUGCAAGACUGAGGAGGAUGUGGUUGCUACAGAGGAGAAGAGGGAGGAGACACCACCUCCAGGUAUUGGCUUUGAGUAUAUUUAUACUUAGCGUAGAUCAUAUGCUUCUAUUGCAUGACAUUUCUGAAGCCUACAUCAUCCUCAUUCAUUUGACACAUCUUCUUUUCUUAUCAAAAGUUUUUGAAGAUUCAGUGCCAGAGACACCACCAACAGUAAAACAGCCAAUAGAAGAAGGGGAUGAAGUGGGGCAGGGGGAACGUUCCGAGGUGCGGCAUGGAGAGAUAUCAGAAGUAGGGCAGGGGGAGAGAUCAGGAGUAGGAGAGGAGGAGAAAUCAGAAGUCGAUUCAAAGCAAACAGAGCAACCAACGAGUGAGGUGGUGGAGGAAGUGGCUCCAGCACCUGAACCAGAGCCACAGCCCCAGACUGCACCAGGUUAGUCAUUGGUUGGAACCAUAGGUGGAGUGAUUGGACAGAGUUUGUUAAUCAGGGCUUGUCUUGGCUAUCAUUUAUACACCUGUAUCUGACUGAUCUGUUCCACCUCUCCACACAGAAGGGGAUCAUCCCCCUGAGCCUGAGCAGGCGGAGGUGGCGCCCCCUAGACCCAGGACAGAUACGAACCAGAUGAACGGCAUUAUGGAUGACCGUGGUUCAGUGUCCUCUACAGACAUCCUGGUGAGUUAGCUCUUAUCCGUGGAAUGAGGGUGCGUCACAUCAAAGGUUCUAUGGGAGAAAACAGUGAUUCCUGAUUAUUUUUGCCCCUAUGCAUUAUACAUAGUUAUGGUCAUUUAGUUACAUAUUGACAAUUGCGUAGUAUAGUUUAAGCUGUUCUGUUAAAGUUAUUUACUCUGUCUUUAGGAUGCAGAGUCUAUGCAGGGUGGCCAGAACGCUGCUCGUUUCUCCCACAUCCUGCAGAAAGAUGCCUUCCUAGUCUUCCGCUCCCUCUGCAAGCUCUCCAUGAAGCCCCUGGCGGACGGACCCCCUGACCCAAAGUGAGACAUGAUCCACUAGUCCUUCAGCCCUAGUUUCUCCUCUGUUCACACACACUACUGCUCCCUUGGUCUCAUCACCUAAUCCAAGUCCAAGUUUCUCCUGGCUUUCUCUUCACAAUACUAUAUACAGUGCCUUCAGAAAGUAUUCACACCCCUUUACUUUUUCAACAUUUUGUUAUAAAGUAGGAUUCAAAUGAAUUUAAUUGUCAUUUUUUGUCAAUGAUCGACACAAUACUCAUGUCAAAGUGGAAGAAAAAUUAGAACAUUUGUUAUAUCUUGAUUAGAUAAGUAUGUCAACCCUGCUGAAAGGUGAAUUUGUCUCCCGGUGUCUGGUGGAAAGCAGACUGAACCAGGUUUUCCUCUAGGAUGUUGCCUGUGCUUAGCUCUAUUAUGUUUAUUUUUAUCCCCCAAAAACCUCCAUACCCAAAUUUUUUUGCAGUUUUAAUUUAGUGCCUUGUUGCAAACAUGAUGCAUGUUUUGAAAUAUUUGUAUUCUGUACAGGCUUCCUUCUUUUCACUCUGUCAUUUAGGUUAGUAUUGUGGAGUAACUACAAUGUUGUUGAUCCAUCCUCUGUUUUCUCCUAUCACAGCCAUUAAGCUCUGUAACUGUUUUGAAGUCACUAUUGGCCUCAUGGUUAAAUCCCUGAGCGGUUUCCUUCCUCUCCGGCAACUGAGUUAGGAAGGAUGCCUGUGUCUUUGUAGUGACUGGGUGUAUUGAUACACCAUCCAAAGUGUAAUUAAUAACUUCACCAUGCACAAAGAGAUAUUCAAUGUCUGCUUUUGUUAUUUUUACCCAUCUACCAAUAAUGUCCUUUGUGGUUGAAUCUGUGUUUGAAAUGUACUGCUCGACUGAGGGACCUUACAGAUCAUUGUAUGUGUGGGGUAUAGAGAUGAGGUAGUCAUAAAAAAAAACAUUUAAAACACUAUUAUUGCACACGGUGAGUCCAUGCAACUUAUUAUGUGACUUGUUAAGCAAAUUUUACUCCUGAACUUAUUUAGCCUUGACAUAACAAAGGGGUUAAAUACUUAUUGACUCAAGACAUUUCAGCUUUUCAUUUUUUAUUAAUUUGUAAACAUUUCCAAAAACAUAAUUUCACUUUGACAUUAUGGGGUAUUGUGUGUAGGCCAGUGACACAAUCUCAAUUUAAUAAAUGUUAUAUUCAGGCUGUAACAACAAAAUGUGGAAAAAGUCAAGGGGUGUGAAUACUUUCUGAAGGCACUGUAAAUAGCUGCUGCUUGAUAUAUAGAGCGUUUUGAAGAUCAGUAUACUGAGGUUUGCUGGAGGUUUUACAUUCUGGACUGGGCUUCUUCAGUUGCUGUAAUCUAAAACCCUAAAGCUGGGAGUCUGAAUAAGCAAAUGAAAGCUGAGCCUGAUCACUGCAUCCAAACGUAUUAGACAGUGACGUGCUGUACAAGACAUUCAUAUACUAAACUGUUGAAUAUUUAUUCAACAUCUCCCUUUCUUUGGCUCUUUCCCAUGUCCUUGUCGUCUCUCCUUUCUCCAACUCUCCUUCUUUCCCCUCUUCAUUGCCUUUUCCUGUCUCUCUCCUCUCCCCGUCUUACUCCUCUCUCCCCUUUUCUCUCUCCCCCUCUCCUCAGGUCUCAUGAGUUGCGCUCCAAAGUGGUGUCCCUGCAGCUACUGCUGUCUGUGCUGCAGGGGGCAGGGCCCGUCUUCCGCACCCACGAGAUGUUUGUCAACGCCAUCAAGCAGUACCUGUGUGUGGCCCUCUCCAAGAACGGGGUGUCCUCUGUGCCCGAGGUGUUCGAGCUCUCCCUCGCCAUCUUCCUCACCCUGCUCUCCCACUUUAAAGUCCACCUCAAGAUGCAGAUCGAGGUACGGGAUACAGGAUUCGUCGAUUUCAUCUGUGAUUUUGAGUCCUUUUACUCAAUUCAUAAUAGGCAACAUGGAAUGGAAAAUAUAAAUAAAUGAUGCAACUACUUACCACUUUUCAUUCCCUCACUCCCACCCUCUCUCUACCUCUCUCAGGUGUUUUUCAGGGAGAUUUUCCUGACCAUCCUGGAAACAUCAUCUAGCUCCUUUGAACACAAGUGGAUGGUCAUUCAGACCCUCACACGUAUAUGUGCAGGUAAAAACACACAAGCCUGAUGGACACAUUUAGUGCGCAUUGCUGUUUAUGUACAUAUACCACUAAACCCCGAGACCUGUCUCAUUUUUAUCUUCAAACCCUUCACCCCCAGAUGCUCAGUGUGUGGUGGAUAUCUAUGUAAACUACGACUGUGACCUGAACGCUGCCAACAUCUUUGAGCGGCUGGUUAACGAUCUAUCUAAGAUUGCCAUGGGGAGGAGUGGCCAGGAGCUGGGGAUGACCCCUCUACAGGUGACCUCACACUGA